UAAUUGUCACUUUAUUGAUAUUGAUAACAUUGAUUCUUCAUUGAUAAUAUUCGCCUUUAAUUUUGUGUUUAAUUAUGAAUUAAAUCUAUCAACUCCAGUCUUUUAUCUUAAGUUUUAUUUAAUAAAAAAGUCGCCAUAGCACAGUGUCACAAUGUUGCGUCCUUUUAACAAUAAAAACUUAUGUUUUAGUUUUAUUUUGUUGUUCGCUUGUUUUGGGUAUCUUUCAGCAGAUCCCUGUAACUUCAACGUUAAAUUGAAGCAAGUACUAAAAAAUCAAGGUUUCCACAGGAACAUAUCCUAUGGCAUAGUGUUCAACACGGAUGAUGGCAACUGCUGGAUGUACAAGGACUGUGUGGUGGGACUGGACCAGACCCUACCACACGGUGUAUAUGCUAAUCCUGAUGAGCUGAGCACUCUUAGACGACUGAAGAAGUUGAAUGCCGUCCCAAAGACCCGCAUUAACACGGAGAUGCCGGCAGAGCACUCGUACCCUACCACCACAUACAUCACGGAGAAGAUCAAGGACUGCAAGGUGCAUGUGUGGCUGCCGGUACAUGCUCGGUACCAUCUGGCCACUCCUGGUGGCGGUAUGGCCCGCAACACAAUAGGUCCCCCCAAGCUGUACCUGCGCUGCCCCGACCAGCGGCUGGACAUGUGCAACAAGGCUGCCACUCCCGUCACCUUCCUCUGUAACGGCAGCUCCAAGGAGAAGUGCAGCUGGAAGGAACUGCCUUUUACUUUGCUAACAGACACCCUAGUAUGGAACAUCCCAGUGGGCAACAUGGAGCACUACCACGCGAUCUCCGUGGGCACCGCGCUGGUCAUUGCCAUCGGCUCGCUGUACCUCAUCAAGGCGAUACACGAACACAAACUCGUCACCAUGCCCUUCAAUCCAUACAGUUCUUUACACAAUUAGUAUUGAAAUUUGUAAGUAUCACAAUUCUAUGUAUUUCUAGCAUUGAAAUCUAUCAGUAGGUAGGUAUUGGCCGUUGGGAUGAUAAUUUUUUAUCCUAAUUAGGUACUCAAAAUAAAUGACACUGAAUUUUCUAUUGAAAUUAAUGAAUAUAUUUCACUUAUUGUUCGAUUUAUUUUGAUUCGGAUCUGCUCAAAUAA